UUAAACAAAUACAACGAAACGAAAAGCGAAAUCAAAUUAACAACGCAACAGCAACAAUCAACAAUAAACGAGCUAAAUUGUUAUUCAAGCCAGAGAGCAAUAUGUUGAAAGGACAUCAAAUGCUAAAGCUGAUGCUGAUGCUGAUGCUGGGCUGUUGCACUUUGGCCAUGGCCAAGCCACCGGCGGCUGCUAAGCAGGAAGCUAGCAGCCAGCCAAAAGCUGAGUUUCCAGAGGAAGACAGUGACAUGCUGAUGGAACCGAAUGACUUUACGCCCAUAACCGUGCUGCGCUCACACGAGCAGCAGCACUUCCACAUGCCGCCCACAACUCAGCUACAACAGCCACAUCAUCGUCCAGUUGCUGUCACGCCUGCGCAGAGCCGUCACUUUCAGGCCGUGCCCGUGGAGCAGCAGGAGCAGUUCCGCCCCAUAGCCAAUCCGAAUACGCAGCUGAUCUCGCGGGCCGAUGUGACGCCCGGCCCGGGUGCCGACUCGCACAGCCAGGCGGCGCAAAACUUCUAUCCGCCCUUCUACCAUGAGGCGCCGCCAUUGGGCCACUCGCGUCCCUAUUUCGCCGGGCCCGCUGGACCUGUGGGCGACACCACGCCGCUGCAGCUGCCGCUGUUGACGUCGGUGCAGCAGCAGCAACAGCAGCAGCAGCGCGGCUUUGAUGCCGCCAUACUGGGCAGCGGAGACUUUGGCGUGCUGCGCGGCGGCACCUUCUAUCCGGAAGAGGAGAUGCCCUAUCAUCCAGAGGACAACAGCGACUAUAUCUAUGGCGAUGCCAACAAUGGUCAUGGCCGGCCCAGCGAGUCCUUCGUCCAGAAGUAUACGUAUCCCGAGGAGCAGUUUGCCAACUUCCGCGACUUCGCGGACAUCAAUACGCCCGCUGACUCGGCCUUCUCACAGUUCGUUGUUGUGUAUGCGGCCAAGAAUGCGACCAAGCCCAGCAUCCAUCCGCACCCCAAGAACAUAUUCGAACAGCUGGAGUUGCUCGAUCGCGAGAAGGCGCUAGAAGAGGCGGCCCUCAAGAAGCAACAGCCCAGCAAAUCCAAAUCGAAGCUGUCCAAGACGAAGCUGCAAAAGAAGUACAAGAAAAAACCGGUUAGCAAGGAGCUGGAGCUGGAGCCGCUGCUGGCACUAAGUUAAGCAUUCCAUGCAGCUGCCACCAAUCCCUGCCAGCUGGGAUCGAAUUUCAACUGCGAACUGUGCACACAUUUUUGUCCGCUGUUAGUUGUGUGCUUCAUCAAUUUUCUUUUAUUUAUUUUUUGAGCAAAGCGAAAUUUCAACUUCAAAUAGAGCCCCCUCUAUACCCUACGCCCCGCCUCCGCCCUCAUGCCUUCCAUUCCAUUGUACACGUGCCUCUACAGCAGCCCAGGCAGCAUCGCCGCCGCCCCCGUUCCGUUAGUUGUGUGUACUUAUUAUUAUUAUUAUUCUAAUUAUUAUAACUAUUAUAAAUGUAAUUUUUUUUACCUGUUUACUUGCCUCACAUUUCGUGUUGCAUAAUUGUUAAUUCUACUUAAUUAUAGCCCGU